UCCAGAUCUGGUGACAAUAAUCCACAGUGGCCGUCACUAACUAUCCAUGGCAGGUCAUAUGGCAAAUCAAUAAUAUGAGGAGGCCGACGUCGCCCUUGGAGAAAAAAUUCGUCGAGAUGCUUAUAAAUUGACCUAGCCCCGCUCCUUCCUCCCUUUUCUAAUUGAAGGUCCCAUCGGGCAUGGCUUAUCUGGCAGCAAUAUAGCUAUCCUUAGCAACUCCAACUAUCAUCCUACCUAUCUUUUCUUUCUCCCUGUCUUCUAGGCUGUUUCACCGCAGCUUCCAAUAUCAACACGAUGACGGAAACUCAAACGGUCUUGGCAUCACGCCAGUCCGGGCGGAGCUCUGAGAGUAGCUCGCUGGAUGCCAUUGCAACGGAGAAGCAAAAUCUGACCGUGCACAGCGUCCCAUCGACCCGGCCUGAUUUGCAGAACUCCGCCUCUCCUAAGCGGUGGAAAACCUUUUGGACCGCUUUCCGGUAUCUUCACCAUCUGACCCCGAAGCAAGUCGAUGACUUCAUGGCAUCUUAUGUGAUCUAUAACCUAGACUGGUCCAAUGAGAAGCAGAUGGUCGAAGAGCUAGGGCCCAACUACCAGGAAAAGGUCGGCGAUUGCCUCAAGUCGUACUAUGGGGUAUUAAAUCACCUUUGCGCGCUUGGCGACGUCGAGAAGAUGUAUAUCCCACCAUUCAUGAGCAAGAAAGCGACCGUGCUGGAAAACCAACUAUUGUAUGAAGAGUCCAUUGCCGAACAUAUUGGCCUAAAGCCCGGAGACAAAGUAUUAGAUCUGGGUUGUGGUCGCGGUCGCGUGGCUGCGCACAUGACCCAAUACUCGGGUGCACAUGUGACCGGGUUAAACAUCGACCCUAACCAGAUCGCCCAAGCCCGUUCCUACAACGAGAAGCUUGGGUUCAAGGACAACCGCUUCAUCGUCCAGGACUUCAACAGCCUUCCUCUCCCGUUCGAAGAUGAAACCUUUGACGCGUUUUAUCAGAUCCAGGCAUUCAGUCUGUGCAAAGAUUUGCCCGCUCUGUUUCGCGAAGUCUUCCGUGUCCUCAAGCCGGGAGCCAGAUUCUCCAUGCUGGACUGGGUCAGUCUGCCGGACUAUGACCCCUCAAACCCUGAGCAUGCCCAGCUCAUGCGUCGCGUAAAGCCACUGAUUGGGGCGGUGGGCACCCCUACUCCGAAGAUUCUGGAGAACGCUCUCACCGAUGCUGGAUUCACGAUAACUCGCUCCGAUAACGCCAGUGUCGGUGGACUGCAAGCCCCGUUGAUUGCCAAGGUUGACCUCUACUUCCGAUCCAUGCGACAGCUUAUCCUAGGCCUGGUCAAGACUCACGUACUCCCCAAACACUUCAAGACGUUAAUCAACCGUCUAUGUCUAGACGGAGAAGCAUUCGUCAAGAUGGACAAUAUGCGGUUGACGACGACGAGUUAUCGUAUCAUUGCACAGAAGCCCCUCCAUUGAGUGCCUCCGAACAGGGCAUUGGAGACGGACUUUUGUGGGCGGAAGAAAGUGACGCGGGAGGAUGUCUCAGCAUUCCCACUUAAAAGGGGCUAUGCUCUCUUGGCAGCCACCCAUUCUGACUGAAUACGGGAGCGAUACCGCAUGUCCGCUGGCGGGACGAGACUCGUCAUCGGCUCACACAUCACAGCCGGCUGUCUAUAUUUGAUUCAGAUAUUGACGGUAUACACUCGCUAUGCAU